UUAUAAUAAAUAUGGUUAAAUUAAAUUUAUUUUUGGGAUAUUAAUUUUUGGAUGCCUACUUCAACCGCAGCUGAGAGAGGGUCUCAGAACGUAUCACAGAAAUCAUUUCUGCAGAAAGCUAGCGGUAAAGUUUUAAGAUGGUUACGGAAAUUAGGACAGCAGAAUGAAAAUGGUAGUCAUGGCGGUGGAAGUGGCACAGAAGUGCGUUUGGAUGAAGAAAUGGAGAAAGUGUUUGCAAUGUCAGGUGGUAUACACGAUGAUAAAUUUGAUGUAUCAAUACUUACAAGUGGUAAUGAACCACCUGAUCACAGUCAUCAAGCAACUGGUACACAAAAUGGUGAUGGUAGUAUUGAUGGGACAAAUGGGAUACCACAAACCACCACAUCAGCAGCGGCACGUCAAUAUACAGAACGAGAAUAUAGUUUUCAUCGCAAGAAGAGCUACCCACAUAUGCAUGCACCAUUAAAAGCAAUACAUUCACGCUCAAUGAAACGUCGCAUCACAUCACCACAAUUAAGUGAAUCUGAACAAUCUGUACAAGAUAGUCCAUCGUUUAAUUUACAACAACAUUCACAACAGCAACAAUCAUUACUAUCAUUCUCAACAACAGACGGGGGCGUUGGUGGUGAUGGUAUCACAUCAUCACCACCAAUUAGCGUUAUUACACCAAUAUUAACCAGCCCCGAUGGUGGUGGAACGUCAUCAGAAACUGCAACAAAUGUACCAGAAGAUGAGAUAUUCAGUUCUGGUUCAGAGGUCUUACAGAUUGGUAGCGAUAGUCCUGUGUUAGGGUCACCACCUGAUAAACGUGUACAAUUUAUUACUGGAUGUAUAUCGGAUAUACCAGAACAUUCGGAUGAUAAUGGUGUUGGUAAUGGAAAAGUAGAUGAUGGUCCUACUGGAAGAAAAAAUCGAAGGAAAAGCCGGCAUCAUCACAGCAGCUACCAUCAUCGAUUUCGCAAAUACUCAUUACAAGAAGAUCCAGAAAGUCGUAAACGAUCUGGAAGUUCAGGUGGUGAUCGUGAGAAUAACAGACGUGUAUCAAUACAACCAGAAGAUGCUACCUUACAAGAAGCUGAUAUUGAUGAUUUAACAAGUCAUCGAUCAGAUGAUGCUCGUGGUUUACGGCGCCAUAAAAUCCCACAAAAAAUUCCAAGUACUGUACAUAUCGGACGACGUGAAAAUGUCGGACCAUUACACCAUGUGCUGCCAAUACAAACGCUCAGAAAAAUAUACGAUCAUAGUCCACAUUCCGUGUUUGUACAAUUGGAUGAACUACAAGGUGACGGCGAGGAACGAGAAUGGAAAGAAACGGCACGGUGGAUCAAGUAUGAAGAAGACGUUGAAGAAGGUGCUGAUCGUUGGGGUCGACCACAUGUGGCAUCCCUUAGUUUUCAUUCACUAUUAAAUUUACGUCGAUGUCUUGAAACGGGUGUUGUGCUAUUAGACAUGGAAGAGAAAGAUUUACCAGGUGUUGCAUAUCGUGUUGUUGAACAAAUGGUUACAGAUGAAUUAAUUCAGGAGUCCGAUAAACCAAUUGUGAUGCGGGCACUUUUAUUAAGGCAUCGGCAUGUUAACGAACAUGAAAGAGGUUUUCGUUUUGGCAAAAGACAUUAUUCAAGCUACACAUCACUACAGUCAUUGUGGUUGGAAGAUGGCUCAAUGGGUUGUGGUGAACGGUCACCACAUGGUGGCCGAUGCUCUGUAUGCUCACAACUUGGGCGUCGUAGCCCAACGACUGGAAUACAACGAACUCAAAGACGCUUCUCUGCAUAUAGUCUUCAUGGGGCCCAUAAUUUGUCUGAUAAUGAUAAACGUAAAGCAAGUUUAUUAAAUUUCGAUGAUAGACGUAAAACGAGUUUAGUAAACAUGGAAGCGAUGUCACGCAAUGGUUCAAUGGUUCAUACAGAUCCUGAUGGACGUUUGGUUGUGCCAGAUAAUCAUAUAAUUGUCGAUAUGAAAGAAGAAACAUAUGCGUCAAGUAAUGAAGAUUUAAAGAAAGCUCAAAACGAUGCAAUUUUAAAAAGAAUACCAGUAGGUUCUGAAGCCACAACCGUAUUAGUAGGUUCCGUUGAUUUUCUUGAACAACCAACAAUUGCGUUUGUUCGUUUAGCCGAAGGUAUAUUAAUGCCUUCAAUAACAGAAGUGAAUAUACCCGUACGCUUCUUAUUCAUUUUGCUUGGACCAAGCACUGCUGAUUUGGAUUAUCAUGAAAUUGGUCGUUCAAUAUCUACACUUAUGGCAAAUCCAUCAUUUCAUAAAAUUGCAUACAAAGCUGAUGAUCGCAAAGCCUUAUUAUCAGCUAUUAAUGAAUUUUUAGAUGAUAGCAUAGUGUUACCUCCAGGUGAUUGGGAACAAAAAGCUCUAUUGCCAUUUGACGAACUUAAAGCGAAAAGUGAAGCAAUACGAAAAAGAAAACAGAAAGCAUUACAAAAAGGCAGUAAUGAUGAAGCGACAAAAGCAUUAAUUUCAUCGGAUGAUGGGGAUGGUAAAAAACCACCAUUCUUUGAUCCAUUAAAACGUACACGACGUCCGUUCGGUGGUUUAAUCAAUGAUUUACGUAGACGUUAUCCAUUUUACGUGUCGGAUAUCACGGACGGUUUAAAUGGACAAUGUAUUGCUGCAGCAAUAUUUAUGUAUUUUGCUGCUUUGUCCGGUGCAAUCACAUUUGGUGGUUUAAUGAGUGAUAAAACAGAAAAUCUAAUUGGAAUCUCGGAAACGUUAGUUGCAACAGCCAUGUCUGGAGUGUUUAUGGCACUUUUAGCCGGUCAACCAUUAGUUAUUGUUGGUACAACUGGACCUUUGUUAUUGUUCGAUGAAAGUUUAUAUCAGUUUUGUUUAGCAAGUGGCAUUGAGUUUUUAACAAUGCGUGUAUAUAUAGGAUUAUGGAUUGGUAUAAUUGCCAUAUUAGUGGCGAGUGUCGAAGGAAGUGUAUUAGUGAAAUUAUUUACAAGGUUUACAGAGGAAAUUUUUUCAGCUUUAAUAUCGUUAAUUUAUAUUAUGGAAAGUUUUAUGAAAUUAAUUUACGUUUAUGGGCAACAUCCUUUAUUAGCAAAUUAUUGUGGUAUAUCUGAUUAUUUUUUGGCAAGUAUGUUAAAUAAUUCAAAUACAACAAAUACAACACCUACGUAUGAUUUGAAUGAUACAAUGUUAAUGGAUGCUCCAAUCACUGUCAAUAAUCAAAGUAUGGUAUCAGAAAAAAUUCAACAGAUUGUUCCCGUAAAUGAUAUUGAUAGUUUGCCAGUGAAUCAACCCAAUACAGCAUUGUUUUGUACAAUAUUAGCUUUGGGUACAUUCACAAUUGCAUAUUAUCUGAGAUUGUUCCGAAAUAGUCAAUUUUUGGGCAGAAGUGCACGGCGAGCACUUGGUGAUUUUGGCGUUCCCAUUGCCAUUGUAAUAAUGGUUAGUUUAGAUUAUUUUAUUCCUCAAACAUACACCGAAAAAUUAAGAGUACCUGAAGGUUUGUCACCGUCAAAUCCUGAGGUACGAGGUUGGAUUAUUAGUCCUGGAGGCUAUGAGCACCCUAUACAAUUAUGGUUAUGUUUUGCUGCGGGCGUCCCAGCGUUACUUGUAUAUAUUUUAGUAUUUAUGGAAACACAUAUAUCAGAAUUAAUCAUUGAUAAAAAAGAGCGAAAAUUAAAGAAAGGCUCUGGAUUUCAUUUGGAUAUCGUGUUAGUUUGUAUGAUGAAUGCAGUUUGUGGUAUUAUUGGUGGUCCAUGGUUAAGUGCUGCUACAGUAAGAUCUGUUUCUCAUGUUUCUGCACUUACUGUAAUGUCUCGAACUCAUGCACCUGGUGAAAAACCUCAUAUAGUUGAAGUAAAAGAACAACGCUUAAGUGCAUUUAUUGUAGCAGUAUUAAUUGGUGUAUCAGUUCUAAUGUCACCACUACUUCGUUUGGUUCCUAUGUCCGUCCUAUUUGGAGUAUUCUUAUAUAUGGGUGUAUCAUCUACAAAUGGAAUACAAUUCUUUGAAAGAAUGCAAUUAUUUUUUAUGCCCGUAAAACAUCAUCCAAAUGCUGCAUAUGUUCGUCGCGUACCCACAUACAAAAUUCAUUUAUUCACAUUCAUUCAAUUAUUAUGUUUAGCAAUGUUAUGGAUUGUUAAAUCAACAAAAGCAUCACUAGCAUUUCCAUUCUUUUUACUUCUUAUGUUACCAUUACGGGCACAAAUGAAACAUAUGUUUACAGAGCGUGAACUUCGUGCGUUGGAUGGGGAUCAAGCAGAUGACGGUGAUACCGAUGAACCAGAUUUCUAUGCAGAGGCUCCAUUGCCGGGCUAAAAUAAAAUUUACAAUAAUAAUAAUUGUUUUAAGACAAAAAAAAACACUCAAAUAGUUUAUUUUUAAUAAAUAAUGUCAACCAAAAUCAUAAUUAAGAUUUCACUAAAGCUCAUCAUGAAGUAGAUUUUAAAAGUAUUGUACUAUAUUUAA